AUGGAUCUACGCUGCACUAGCAAGUUGCCCAUGCCUGCGGGCCUGUCACCGCCACACACUGUUAAGUCUGUGUCUGUUUCUGCAGCAGCAGCAGCAGCUACAGCAGCCGCAGCCGCAGCAGCAGCUGCUGCAGCCAGUUUUAGUUUUCCCAAUGGCUUCCCAGCAGCGUUCCCUGCUAACGCAAUGUUUGGAUUGUACGGCUUGGAAAGCCCAAUCCCCGCUAUGUUGCCGUUACCAACUUUACAUUUCACGCCACACCAAUCCGGGGAUAUUGAAAGGCUGGGCCGCUUCUUGUGGUCACUACCUGUGAACCCCAGCGCCUGUGAAGCUCUCAACAAACACGAGUCUGUGAUCAGAGCUCGCGCUCUGGUCUCGUUCCACACGGGCAACUUCAGAGACCUCUACCACAUCUUGGAGCACCAUAAGUUCACCAAGGAGUCGCACGCCAAGCUACAGGCCAUGUGGUUAGAAGCCCAUUACCAGGAGGCCGAAAAGCUGCGUGGACGGCCGCUGGGCCCAGUGGACAAAUACCGAGUGAGGAAGAAGUACCCAUUGCCCAGAACCAUCUGGGACGGUGAACAAAAGACUCAUUGCUUUAAGGAGCGAACGCGGAACCUUCUCCGGGAAUGGUAUCUGCAAGAUCCGUAUCCCAACCCGACCAAAAAACGGGAGCUGGCUCAGGCGACGGGCCUGACACCCACACAGGUGGGCAAUUGGUUUAAGAACCGACGACAGAGGGACAGGGCAGCAGCGACCAAGAACAG